AUGGCGGUGGUAGCUGUUGGUGAAGCAUUUCUUUCUGCUUUCACUGAAGUUGUCAUCGACAGGCUUGGUUCUCCUGAGGUUGUUGACUUGAUCCGUGGGAAGAAAAUUGACGUCAAUUUGGUUCAACGGUUGAAGAAUACUCUUUACGCUGUUGAAGCGGUGCUUAACGAUGCUGAACAGAAGCAGAUUCAUGACUCUGCUGUUAACAACUGGCUUGAUGAUCUCAAAGAUGCUCUCUAUCUUGCUGAUCACAUUCUCAUUGUUGGCAUGGGUGGCCUUGGAAAAACAACUUUAGCCCAGUUACAAAGUUCAUCGCAGAGGAAGUGGGAAGUGCUUGUGACACAAAUAAUUUGA